AUGUAUGCUUCUUCUUCCUUUACUUCACCACUCCUCCAUGAGCUUCUUGUGGAAUCCCACACAAGAAGGCUACUUUUCCAAGGCCCUAUUGAUCACCAAUCAUUAACAACCUCUUAUGUUCACACACACAACAAUUCAACAAACUUAUAUUUUGGUCUUAGCGCAACUGAUGCAAAUAUUUUGAUGAUACUUGCAGCCCUAUUAUGCGCUCUUAUUUGCUCUCUUGUGUUAAAUUCAAUUAUAAGGUGUGCCUUGAGGUUUUCAAAUGUAGCCAUCAAUAAUAACGUUUCUUCGAGUUCGAGGACGAGCAGCAACUCUUCAUCUCAAUUGGUCAACAAAGGAAUCAAGAAGAAGGCUCUCAAGACAUUCCCAACAGUAAGUUAUUCAACCGAGCUGAAAUUACCAGGUUUGGAUACGGAGUGUGUGAUAUGUCUCUCAGAAUUUACAAAGGCUGAAAAGGUGCGCAUUUUGCCGAAAUGCAACCAUGGUUUCCAUGUCCGUUGCAUUGACAAAUGGCUAAAGGCACACUCAUCAUGUCCCAAGUGCAGACAGUGCCUCCUUGAGACUUGUCGAAAGAUUGUUGGAUCGGAAGAACCACCGCCUAUGUUGCCGGUGCCAGAAACUAUUAUAACGAUUCAACCGCUAAACCGUGAAGCUGUUGAGCGUAGCUAUAGGGAAGAAAGCUGA